UUGAAGCGGGUGCUCCGGGGAGUGAGGAGGCAGCGCCAGGGGCUGCUCCAGGGAGGCGGAGACGGAGGGGCAUCCCGGGUCUCUGCGCCGUCGCCUGCGCUUCACCCCGCACGGGGUGACCCGGGGCCACGCGGUCUUCAGGGGAAACAAUAGCGACUCCUUAGAUCUUGGGCUCCUGCCACCGGCUGCCCAAGCCUUCCCGGACUAGCGGCGGGGCCUCUUUUCUUAUUUGGCUAAUUUAUGGCGAGAGGCUGGGGGGAGGGAUGGCAGAGGAGGGACCGCGUCUGGAGAUGGGGGCGGGGGGCGGCGGUUAAAGGAGUUGCCCGAGGCGGCGGCGCGGGUGAUGUCAGCUCUCGACGAAAAUAGAGAGGGAUCGCCUGCAAAUCCCCAGCUCCGGCGGGGCUAAACCUUGCAAUCCCUCCCCGGCCGGCGCCGAGCCAGGGCGCAGCAGCCUCCACCGCCUCCCCCGGCGCGCACACACACACCCGCACACGCGCACGCACGCUCACCGGCCUCUGCCACCACUCUCUGCUCCCGCCACUCGCCGCGCCCGCGAGCCCCGCAGCAAAGCACAGGUGGCAGCGGCUCAGGGGCGCCUCGCCGGUGUGCUCCUUCCUGCAGCCCUGGGCGCUUCGCUGUUUCGGGGAAGCAGCCCUCGGAGCCCCCAGAGCUCCCAGCCAAGCGCCAUCCCCGCGGGCGGAGGGGAGCGCGGGUAGCGCGCCGUGGAGAGCCGGGACCCGGAUUAGCGCCCGCAGUAGCCUCCUGUGCCCGUUGAGGCGCUAAAGGGCUUACCCCGGAGGCGGGUGGAAGGGCGGGCAGAGGCGCCCCUUAAAUAUCGCUCCUGGCCGCAAUUUCGCGCUCACCCAGGCGCCCGCUCUCUCCCUCGCCCGCAGCUGCUGGAUAGUGCUGAAGAGGAGGGGGCGUUCCCCAGACCAUGGCAUCCACGGAAGGUGCCAACAAUAUGCCCAAGCAGGUGGAAGUGCGAAUGCACGACAGUCACCUCGGCUCGGAGGAACCCAAGCACCAGCACCUGGGCCUGCGCCUGUGCAACAAGCUGGGAAAGAAUCUCCUGCUCACCCUGACGGUGUUUGGUGUCAUCCUGGGGGCAGUAUGUGGAGGGCUUCUUCGCUUGGCAUCUCCCAUCCACCCUGAUGUGGUUAUGCUAAUAGCCUUCCCAGGGGAUAUACUCAUGAGGAUGCUAAAAAUGCUCAUUCUGCCUCUAAUCAUCUCCAGCUUAAUCACAGGGUUGUCAGGCCUGGACGCUAAGGCUAGUGGCCGCUUGGGCACGAGAGCCAUGGUGUAUUACAUGUCCACAACCAUCAUCGCCGCAGUGCUGGGGGUCAUUCUGGUCUUGGCUAUCCAUCCAGGGAAUCCCAAGCUCAAGAAGCAGCUGGGACCUGGGAAGAAGAACGAUGAAGUGUCCAGCCUGGAUGCCUUCCUGGACCUUAUUCGCAAUCUCUUCCCUGAAAACCUUGUCCAAGCCUGCUUUCAACAGAUUCAAACAGUGACGAAGAAAGUCCUGGUUGCACCACCGCCAGAAGACGAGGCCAAUGCAACCAGCGCUGUUGUCUCUCUGCUGAACGAGACUGUGCCGGAGGUGCCGGAGGAGACUAAGAUGGUUAUUAAGAAGGGCCUGGAGUUCAAGGACGGGAUGAAUGUCUUAGGUCUGAUAGGGUUUUUCAUUGCUUUUGGCAUUGCUAUGGGGAAGAUGGGAGAUCAGGCCAAGCUGAUGGUGGAAUUCUUCAACAUUUUGAAUGAGAUUGUAAUGAAGUUAGUGAUCAUGAUCAUGUGGUACUCUCCCCUGGGUAUCGCCUGCCUGAUCUGUGGGAAGAUCAUUGCAAUCAAGGACUUAGAAGUGGUUGCUAGGCAGCUGGGAAUGUACAUGGUAACAGUGAUCAUAGGCCUCAUCAUCCACGGGGGCAUCUUUCUUCCCUUGAUUUACUUUGUAGUGACCAGGAAAAACCCCUUCUCCUUUUUUGCUGGCAUUUUCCAAGCUUGGAUCACUGCUCUGGGCACCGCUUCCAGUGCUGGAACAUUGCCUGUCACCUUCCGUUGCCUGGAAGAAAAUCUGGGGAUUGAUAAGCGUGUGACUAGAUUUGUCCUUCCUGUUGGAGCAACCAUUAACAUGGAUGGUACAGCCCUUUACGAAGCCGUGGCCGCCAUCUUUAUAGCCCAAAUGAAUGGUGUUGUGCUGGACGGAGGACAGAUUGUGACUGUAAGCCUCACAGCCACCCUGGCAAGCGUCGGCGCGGCCAGUAUCCCCAGUGCCGGGCUGGUCACCAUGCUCCUCAUUCUGACAGCUGUGGGCCUGCCAACAGAGGACAUCAGCCUGCUGGUGGCUGUGGACUGGCUGCUGGACAGAAUGAGAACUUCAGUCAAUGUUGUAGGUGACUCAUUUGGGGCUGGGAUAGUCUAUCACCUCUCCAAGUCUGAGCUGGAUACCAUUGACUCCCAGCAUCGAGUGCAUGAAGAUAUUGAAAUGACCAAGACUCAAUCCAUUUAUGAUGACAUGAAGAACCACAGGGAAAGCAACUCUAAUCAGUGUGUCUAUGCUGCACACAACUCUGUCAUAGUAGAUGAGUGCAAGGUAACUCUGGCAGCCAAUGGAAAGUCAGCCGACUGCAGUGUUGAGGAAGAACCUUGGAAACGUGAGAAAUAAGGAUAUGAGUCUCAGCAAAUUCUUGAAUAAACUCCCCAGCGUAUCCUAUGGUAAAUGAUGAUAUAAACAAGCUUUCUUUAAAAAGGAAAAAAAUGCAUCUAUUUCUAUGUUUAUUUAAUCUGUUAGCUGAGGCUUAGAGGAGCUCUUGUGAGUCAGUGAUGACAGGCACGGUGCUGUGUCUUUGCCAAAUAAUGCUUUAUAACCGUCUAAUUUUCUCACUUGUAUUAUUAUUUGAAUGGAUGCUGCUGGAGGAAUCAGUUUGAAUUGAAGACACGUUCUUGCCAGCUUCCCUGUUCUCCCAAGAUGCAGAAAUGUGGAUGCUCUUUUCCCAGGGGACAUGUGUAAAGCAGUGUGGUACACUCCAGGGACUUGGGAUAAUGAGCAAACACACAGUGUGUUAUUCCUCAAAGUGUUCUCCAUGCCUCGCCUUGUUACGCACAAGAGAUUCUGUUAAAAAGCCUCUAGAAGUAACUCCCCUUAAAAUGUCUGGUAGAGUUUAGACAUAGGUUGAUUAAAAGCAAACACCUGUCGUAGGGAAUUUUGACAAUUUAUCUUCCAUAUACUCUUUAAGUAAAAUGUUUCAGAGUAUUUUUGAGGAAGCCAUGCCCUUAAAGGCAGCUGAUUAAAGAACCUACUAUGUCUCUGCCUUACCCUAUGUAAUCUGUAAGAACAAUGGUUUAAAUUUCAAGGUAUGUUUCAUAAUGCUCUCUAAAUUUGAUAAUUGAUUAGGAAGUAUUUUAUAUGUAACCACUGUACAUAUUGACAAAAUUAAGAGAGCACAGUCAACAUAAAGUUUAACCAGAGUUAAAUAUUCAAAUUUAUUUAUAUUUGGUUUGCCUUCACCUGGUAUAGUAAAAUCAAGUGAGAUUAUUUGGUCUAUGUUUUGCUUUGUUUAACCAAAAAGAUUAUUUUUUGAGUUUCUAAUGAAAAAGACAUUUUUAAUCUGCAAAUUAUUUCAGUCAUCAUCUCAUCAUCCUGGGAAGCCUGAUCAUUUUACUGUCCUCACACAUGGAAGACACUUGUGUUGGCUGUGCCUCUUUUAAUGUCAUCUCUUGAUGAAACAAAAAUACGUAUUUAUCUAAUAUGCAGAAAGGUUUUUGUUAUCUUCUAUCAAAGCACAUAAAACCAGGUAUAGAACACAGUUGGAAGCAGAGUCAGUCUUCCUCCUCCAUCUUCUCAGUGGAAAGGAACAAAAAGCAAACAUCUGUGCAAAGCCCUAUAAAUGUGACAUUCCUGUGGCAGAGUCCAGGCAGCCUUGAACCAUGAUGUGGCAACAAAGGAUGGCUCUGUACCACUUCGCAGAUGGAACCUUGUUUAAGACUGUGAAGUUUUAGGGAAUAAAUAAUGUAAUUGGUGUAGCACAGUGCCUUUCAUGCAGUAGGCAGCCAACAAAUCCUUAAUGAUUGGUUAUACAAGCUAAAUUUUUAGUGUCCCUACUAUCCUUUUUUAUUGAAUAGCGUACAGUAUUUUCCUAAGGUUGCUGGGUUUGGGAGUAAGUUUGGGACUUAAAUCAUUGAGAAAUAAAGCAUAUUUGACUCUAAGAAGUAUGUAGAACCUUGUUUAUAGGGAGAGAGUAGGGUGUAUUAUAUGAGACCAGCAGAGGGAUGCUGAGAUAUUCAUGGUUUAUAGAACCCAAAUUCUCUGAGAUGAGAGUGUUUAUGGACCUCAAAUACCGUUUCUUAUCUAUUCCUUGUGACUUCUCUCUUCCAAAUCAGAUACCUUUGAAACAUACAAGAGACAUGAGAUUCCAUGUGUCUUGUAUGUUUGUCUCCUAAACCCUAGUUAUUGUUGGAUAAGGAUCACUACUGAACAGUAUUAGGCAACUUUUCAUUUUUGCUUUUUAAGUGACAUUGGUCUUUAUUAUCAGUAGACGGGCAGUUAACAGGAUGAUCAAGGGAUAUGCUCAAGUGUAGUAGCAGAAAAUGUAUUCUCUACAGCAAACGCUGUGGACCAAGGGGACAGUUCCCGGGUUUAGCUGUGAAACUGUUUAGGAUUUUCUUUAAGUGGUGCUCCCAAGAGCUUUUUUAUGGUAAGUUGGAGGCUCUAGGCAAAGUGUCUAGGAGCUCAUUGUUUUUGCUGUGGAAGGCCAACUUUGGCAUUUAUACAGGGGCAUGUUUCUCAAAGGAGUGGUCACAGGAUUGUCUUCUCAAAACUCUGCUUGAAAACCUUUCCGGUGUGUUUUGUCUCCCACUUUUUCCUAGCUAUCCUAUUAGCAUGUAAAUAUAUCAGCAGACGUGUUUAGAGGAAACAAGGUACACAACUUCACAAAGCAAGUUUUUCUGGUUUGAGAUUUACUGUAUGCAGGAAGUCUCUAGAAAAUUGCAUUCAUCUGGAAAUUCAAUAAGUCAUAUUAAUAAACAGUUUCUUGAACUCAGGACUAGCCUGAAAAUCCAAGAUGUACGUAGAGUUGACAUAUGUCUAUGUCCUCUGUUUUUUUCUUUUAGACCUCAUUUAUUUCUCCCAUGCUAUGCCCAUUUGGGAUUUUCUUUGCCCAGCAUAUGUGCCAUAAACAGAACAAAUGGAUCCAGGGUAUACCUCUAAUAACCUUUAUCUAAAUAGAAUACAUUUAACCUGUCAAUUAUAUGUAUAGAUUUUUUUCUAAUUUGUUCAACAUAGAUGUGAAUGCUUGUAAUAGUCCAUUACUGUUUGAUAAUGCAUAAAUGUUACAUUUAUAUACAGUUACAGCAGGCCAGAAACAUACUUACACUGCAUCCUGUAAGGUCUGUAAAUCAGGGCUUUGGCAAUGCCAUUUUGUUAUAGACUCAUUCACUUUUUUUAGAAGUCAGGAUCAUUUCAAGAGAAAGCCAACUAAAUAGACUUUAAUCCUUCUCUUUCUCAUACUUGUCUUUUGAGAAACCCAAGUGGAAUCAUCACCUAAUUCUUUACUGAAAUUCAAUGAAUCAAAUCCAACCAGUGAGAAGAAUAGCUUACCUUGCAGGGUAAUGCUUUACCUUAGAUCUUCGGGGACAUGCUUCCCAUACAGAGAGCAUCAGAAAAUCAGGGCAACCAUCUAGAUCCCACAGAUCUUCAACAUAGGACUCUAGGUGAUGAGAUCUGAAAUACAUAGCUAUCAGAUUCAGUUUUUACUUCCUACUGAGGAUAGACACACAACCUGUGAUUUUGCUGCCUGCAGACAUUACUGUACCCUGUAAAAGACAAAUAGUUCUUUCUCCUCUCGAACCACUAGUCAGCCUGGAUAUUCAUGAAAGCUGAAAGAAGGGGUGCCAAAAAAUGCCUAGAUCCUGGAUUUAGACUCAAGGAAUAUGAGAAAGGCUUAGGGAAAAUUCAAAUCAUGGGGAGAUUCCUAAUAGGUGAUGGCAGGCAUCCCAAUGACCUGUUGAUUAGAGAAUCUCUGGUCAUUUCCACGUGUGCAUGGAGAAAUGUGUCAUUUGCAAAUGUAUCUAGUCAAGAAGAUCUUUUGGAGUAAAGUGUUUGGGAAUCUCAUUUACUGUGUUUUCCAAAGGAAACCCAGUUCUGCCAUGUUUUUGCAAAUACUACACAUCCCUUUGCUCUCAACAACAAAAGUUAUGUUAUAGUUUUUUACUUUUUCAGAAUCAAAAUUUCAGCUACCUGUGCAAUAUUCAUGGAAUGCAGCAAUAAAUCCAAGUAGGUAUAUCCACGCUCAGAGAGAAUUCUCCAUAGUUCCGACUCUUGAAAAACAAGUCUCAUCAGCUCUCAACUGGUUUGAUGAUAAAAGUGCACAGCAGUUAUACCCCAGUAGAAGUGGUUCUUCUCACUUAGCUGCUCACUAACUUUAGGGCUAUCCAGUUGUCUGAGCUGCUGGUUUGCUUUACUUACUCUGUAACCAAACUCAUUCCACACCAAGAGAAAGGACCAAAUGAAAUUUUCAGUUAUUGUCAUACUUGCUCUUCGAAUAAGAAUGCUAGAGUCGGCCGGGAGUGAUGGCUCACGCCUGUAAUCCCAGCACUUUGGGAGGCCGAGGCGGGUGGAUCAUGAGGUCAAGAGAUCGAGACCAUCCUGGUCAACAUGGUGAAACCCCGUUCCUACUAAAAAUACAAAAAAUUAUCUGGGCAUGGUGGCAUGUGCCUGUAAUCCCAGCUAUUCAGGAGGCUGAGGCAGGAGAAUUGCCUGAACCCAGGAGGUGGAGGUUGCGGUGAGCCCAGAUCACACCAUUGAACUCCAGCCUGGGUAACAAGAGUGAAACUCUGUCAAAAAAAAAAAAAAAAAAAAAAAAGAAUGCUAGAGUCUGGGUGCAUAAGAAGACUAAGUUAAAGCAAACAGCCUGAAAGAAUUCUGGAGUGAGAGUUUUGUAAUUGUCAAAGAAGAUAAAUGGUCCCAGUAUCUGUAGUAAUUUCUGGUUAAGCCUAGAAGGAUCACUGAGUGCCAAUCCAGGCAGGUGGCACUAGAGGCAGACUGUUGUGCAAGCAUAGAGUGAGUUUCCAGCUGCUCAUGAAACAUUUGCUUAUGAUUUUCCCUAAAAGAAAACCGAAUUUUCUACUUCUCCUCCUCCUUUCCUAUCAUUCCACUUAUUGUUGCUACUUUACCACCAGUCAGCUUAGUAACCAUCACACAGUUAGUGAGAGGCUUGGUUUUAGAAUAGAUAAGAGACUUUUGAUUAAACAGUAUCCAACUUCAUAGCAUAACACAGCUAAUUCAGGCAAUGAUACAGAGAUGGUAAGAAACAACAUGGUUUGGUAGAGGGAACAUUUGAUUUAGACUCUGCCCAUUUUUAGCUGUGUGACUUACACAAGUCACUUUAUGUCCAAGCCUCAUUUUCUCCCAUAUGAAAAGUGAAGGGGUUUGAUUAAGUGAUUAAAAUCCCUUUCCAGCCCUGUGAGCCCAAUGCUUUAUGAUCUUGGCUUUGUUUCCUUCUUAAGAGGCUUCCUACUAUAAAAUGUGACCUAUUUACAUUUUAAGUAGAAGAAGCCCACAACAAUGAAUAAUCAAUUUAGAUUUUUCUCAUCCCCUUUGGGAGAAAUUAAAUUCAAGCCUCAUUCAUUUGAUGUUUUACAACAAGCUUGGAAGAUAGCCAUGUUCAUUCACAGUUUGAUGCUUUGAGACACCAAUAAAUAUUUUUUAAUAAAAGUUUCCUUUACCUAAACUCAUCUUCCUAAUAGAAGUAGUGAUUUGGCUCAGGGAAAAAUGCUUCCAGGGUCACCAUGAGAGGACUGGAUGAACCUAUAGCCUCACUCAAGCUGUCGUAUCAUUCCUGCUGUAGCAACAGAGCCCACUCUGAAUACCCAAAACACAUUUUUCUCCAACAGUCCUAACUGCCAAGCCAGUAUGGGGAUUUGAGAGCCUUUGGCAAAUAACCUUGAACACUUAUGAAAUUUGGUGCAAGACUUACACAAUCACAACUGUUUGUAAAUAUCUUCCCUUCUCUGCCAGUAUGUAGAUAUGCACAUCCAUUCAUAAGUAAGCCCAGAUUCAUUUUCACAUUUCCCUCUUGGUUUGUUUUUAUCCUGGGCAUCACAUUGCAGGACGAGACACUCUUAGAAGAAUGGAAUUUUCUGACUAUCAUUGCCCUCUUCAAGGUCUGAUGAGUUUCGAGGGUGAGUGGGAUACAAUGCAUGCUCUACAAGCUGCAUGCCUCCAGCCAUGAUCUUUAAACAACCUCUUGCACUUUCCGGGACUGCUGCAAUGGGCCAUGGCUGGCACCUUUGCUCUCUGCCCAAAUUUCUGCUAAGUAGACAAGAGUUGGUAUUUAUUGUGUUGUGAACUCCUUUAUUGCUAGAGAAGACUUUAGCUCUUCAGUAUUUGCAGGGGCAAGAUGUAAAGCUAGGACUAAAAGAAUUGGGUUUUGUUUGUUGGCUGUUUUUUUUUCCGUUAGUGCAAAAAAACUUGAUGCAAAGACAGCAAGAUGAGCAUAAUAUCUUCACUGACCCAGAUAAGAACCUGUAGAAAGUGAGAGAUGCCCCUAAGCCCCCAUUUCAUUUAUCCUAAACCAUAUCAGUUUUCUAUGUCCAGCCUUGCUUCACUUUCCAACCUCCAGGCCAAAUAUUCGUUUUGCUAUUUUACAAAGUCCUUCUGGUUUUUACACAGGGCCCUUUUGUGCUGAGAAUAAAACCUGCUGUUGGAACAGACCUCACUGCUUUGUAGAGUCAGCAGUUGACCUAGAGAAUGGGUAGCAACAGGUCCUCAGUUCCUCUGGAGACACCCCCAAUCCUUAGGUGAGUGUUAGAACCAGACAACUGACUGUUACCCUUGUCAUCAUCUCCUGUGGAGGUGGAGAUGAUGCAGGCAGAGCCUCACUCCCUCUGGGGCAUUAUUUCUUCUCAUGGCAACCAUUUUGCCUGCCUGGAAACAGCCUGUUGCCUUUGGUGGGGGGGCAAAUACACACACUAGCCAAGGAAGUUGGUCCAGCACAUCUCUGAGGUUUCUCCCCCGUGGACUCAUGGAGCAAAUUCCCUGAGAUACAUGAUCAGAAAGUUGGCUGUCUGGUGGUUUGAUACUCCAUGAGAGUUACUUCCCUUAUAGAAACUCAUUCUUGGGCAUCUACAUUUUUCUACAAAUCACCUUAACUCCCUCCCUUCGUCCUUCUCUUGGAAAAACCUCAGCAUUGCAUCUCCAUGUUGCACAACACAGAUCAGAUUAUCUGGUCACUAUAGAGAUUUGUAUAUAAAAAAACUACUUUUUUGAGGAUUUUUAUAUAUUGUUUUUCUAUUUGUUUUCUACAGCUUGAGGAGAGAGCUGGCAAACUGUGAAUCUAACUUGAUCUUGUUGCCAGCAGAUAUAUUUUGGCUUCCUGGUAAGAGUCUGUGUUACCAGGGGUAACAUAUUGCCCUCUGAUCAGUAUUGCACCCUAAAACCACAAAUUCCUCCAGCCCAGUCUUACAUUUUUUUAAACAAAUCCCCUAGCUUGUUUGCUAUUAUUUAUAAAGAGCAUUAGAAAAUGUAUUUAUAGACCUGGAUAUUAUAUGUUUAAUAUUAAUUUAUCCUUUAAUACUGUUAUAGGUUUGUAACUAUUCAUCAGAAAUUAUGAAGAACUCAGUGUAGACUGAACUAAUCUAUUUAGUAUCUGUAAUUUUGCAGACAUAUUUUCUUAUGGUAUUUUCUAUAUAACCGGACAUGUAGAAUGAUAACUAGAGCACAAGAAGUUUCUUCAGCAAUUUAGAGCUAUCAAUUCUUUCCUGACUGUGUAGUCACAUUUGACAAAUUUAAGAACCCAGUCCUUAGUGAUGCAAUGAACAAAACGAACCAUUAAGAACAAGGAAUUGCUUAAAACCCUUAGCUGGUUAGGAUACGCAUCUAAACACUUCAUCUUCUUAACUAAAGGAAUGGUGCUGAUUUUUAAAAUUUUUGACACCAGGCCUUGUUUUUCCAGCGGAGCAUUCUAACUUUGCUUUUCUCUAAGACUAUCAAAGACAACGUGUUAAUAGUAGGAUCAUUUCUAGAUCAGAAUGUUUCAUACCUUUCUAAAUGUUUAUGUGAAAAUUGGCUUAGGAAAACUUUGAAUAGCAGAGACUGAGGAUCAGUGCUCAAGAUGAAAUCAGGACAGAUUUGUUGCAGUUAAUUCUUGCCUAGAAAAUUGGUAGUAAAUGUCACAUUGUUAUGUGAAUUGAGCACACAUUGUUAAAGAAAGUUUAAAAAUUCUUUAGAACCAGCUAUGAGGCAAUACUGUAUCACUGGGGGCUGGAAAUGGGGGCUUAGAAUCAUAUUGAAAUUGUUUAGAAGCAGCCCAGGUAGUUUCUGUUCUCACGUGAAUAACAGACUAUGUAACUUCCCCGAAAGUUAAAACAAUAGCCACUGCAAAGACGAGGUCCUUCCGCCAAAUAUACUUUCUGAGAUGGUGGUAGGGCUAGUAUUUUUAUCAUGGCUCAAAAAGUAGUCAGUUACAUAGAAAGCAUAUUGGUAUGUAUUUGAACCUGCUCUUCAUUAAACAAGCAGAUUAGAUGUACCCUCAACUGGCAAUAAUUGUAUCUAUUUUCAAGUACAGCUAGCUGUCAAAGCAUGAAGCUCUUGUGUGUACACACUGACACUUGGUUCACGCAUGAAGAACAGUGCCUAUGCACUUUGUGUAGCUAUAAUGUAGGGAUCUAGGUGUAAUUUCAGUGAAAUGGUGUAUAGAUGUAUUGUAAUUUAAUGUAUAUGUUAUUUUUUGGCUAUUCAUCUAAAUGCAGUAGACAUGUUGAUCGGUGAUCUGCAAACCUUUCUUUUCCUACUUAGAUAACUAGCCGUGAAGCAUUUCUCCCCCUUCUCAGUGUGGUUUGGGGAUAUAUAUGAGUGAAGAAUUUAUCUAUAAAUCCUUUGUACUGAUGAUUGUUUGAAAGUCUGUGUGUGUCCAGCACCUUUGUAAAUACACAAUUCAGAGCAGGGAUGGGCUGGGUGUAUGUCCUGGUUCUUAGUGAAAGGUCAUCUCAUGUCUAUAUAAUACCUGGUGAAUGCAACUGUAGAACUUUUGAUUACCUAGGCUUAAGUAGGUUUAAAAUGAGAACAUUCAUCUACAGUCCUCCUUUGCUUGGUGGAUUGGGCUUAGAGAGACAAAAAGUUAGUCUGCCCCUGUUCAUAUUAGCAUCAUGUCUUUAGAGAAAGGUCGGCCUCUCUGGUUGCCAAAUACUCAUCAUGAUGCUCAUGACUGAAAAGUUCUGAAGAGCCUUGUCUCCCUUGGCUUUUUGAGUCAGGGUACAGGAAAAACAUUUGCUGACUAACUAACUGCAAAUAGACAUGCAGGUGAAACCCCACAGAAGCACAGUUCUGGCUGUGAACUUCACAGUUGUCUGCAAAAACGUAGAGCACUAGAAGCACAGGAAUAGUCAGUGUACAGCUUAGGGGGUUGUAGAGGGGUAACCGAUGAAGCACAGGUCCCACGUUUGUGAGGGAGUAUGACCUCCUCUACCUAAUAUGUUCUGUGUGCAUGUUUUGAAUGACCGAAGAUGGGAUUAACUAAUGCAAAUAUACACUUGCCUAUUAAAGCACAUGUUCUCAUAUUCUGUGUAAUUAUCACUAAAAACAAUGCUGUGAGAUCUAUAGUUCCUAUAACCCCUUUCUUCUCCCCCAGGAAGAGAAGAAAUAGCCAUGUGCUAUAGGGAACUCCUAGUGCCCUACUCUUUUCACAAGAAGGGUAAAGCCUAUGAUGUCACCAGGGGGGCACGAAGCACAUUAAUUUGCAGUGGCUUUUUCAUAUGAAGAUAUACGGUGGACAGGCUAAUUUUUCCUUGAAAAUGUGGCUUCUUCAACUCUUUUCAAAUUUAAUAUGGAAUACCCACUGAAAGAAAACUGGGCUUUAUGCAGGAUUCUCUUUGAAAAUUCUUGUAUGUCCAGAACGAAAGAUAAAAAUAAUUGUAUUCCUCACAUUCAUGAUCCCCAUUGGUCUGAAGUCACGUAGCACAGAGCAUCUAUAGCACAUAGUGUUCAAAGACUAAUGAAUGCAAACAGGUAAAAUCUUCAACUAAUUUUUGAAUUGUUUCUCAUAUAUGGUACUAGAAAAUGCCUUGUUGAUGAAGCACAUUUUGGGUAGUUGAGGUCUUUUGUUUUCGCCUUUAGCUUUCUAAGCUUUCUUACAAUGUGGACUGAUUACUGUAACAUUUCAUGUGUAAAAUAACUGGAUAUUCUUUAUAUACUGGAAAUAACCUGUGAAUCCAAUAUUUCACUAAGUGUUUUAACUUCUGUGUAUAUAUCUCUCAUCAAUAAAUGUGGAUUCCAAUUUC